UAAAUGAUAACCGUGCUCAGUCCGCGUUGAUAACGCCAGACGUGAAUGUUGUUGUUUUGCGACUGUUUUGGAUACGAUCCUAAUUUUCGAAUUUUUCAACGAGUUACAUUAUUAUUUGGUGCUGCGAAUGCUAAACGAAGAAUAUCAGACGAUAGCUGGAGACAAAGACAAUUGACAAGACGCUCUGGACAAUGAUCAAUGACGUCUCACCGGUUGCAGAUUGAUAAAAGCUCAUCAAUCACUGGAGUUUUGCUGGCUCACCAGUGAGUAGUAGAGGUCAACGGUGGUGUGUGUCUUUCUAACUGAUAAUCAUCAGCUCCAAAAAAGAUGUCGCUCCGCAGCGCCAACUGCUUGUUCAUGUUGGUGGUCAACGUUUGUCUUUACAUGAGCGUUGUAUGUUUCUUCUCAUCGUCCAGUUCGAUUGUAAAUAGCCGCAUCGACAACAGUUGGCUUAACGAGUUAAAAGGGAGUAUUGACGAGACAAACAGCACUGUAGAAAUUGUUGAUAAACUUAAUAAUUAUCAAAUAUACCCCCGUAUUAUUAGUAUUGUUUCAAAAGAUUAUUUUAAAUUUUUUAAGGUAAAUCUACGAAGAACUUGUCCUUUUUGGUCAGACGACAGCAAAUGUGCUAUGAGAUAUUGUCAAGUGGAAUCCUGUCAAUUGGACGAUUUACCCAUAGGUCUGAAAGGUAAUCAUCAUAGUUUGGUAGAUGAAGAUAUGUCGAUUAAGUGUGGCUGCUGUUUCUGUCCUUCAACUUGGUCUCAAUUCCACGAUCAUAAUAAACGAAUAUAUCGCUAUAUGGAAGGGCCGCAACAAGAAGAGUGCGAAGAAGCAAUGCAAGAUGAAUUGGGUUACAUUAACACAACUAUAAGUGCUGCAGCUAUGGAGGAUUUUGCUCUCUGGCAAGCUCAUGAUGAUAUACAAGACAUGUAUUGUACGUUGCCCGACGAUGAUGGUGAAGCCGAGUAUGUUGACCUAUCUCUAAAUCCUGAGCGAUACACUGGAUACAAAGGACCUUCUGCUAAUCGCGUUUGGAACACAAUUUAUAUGGAAAACUGUUUCAGGCCAAAAAAUUUAUUUGAAGUCUACACUAUAUCAGCAAAGUUGACUGGGAUGUGUUUAGAGAAACGAGCAUUUUAUCGAGCUAUUUCUGGUCUUCAUACAAGUAUUAAUAUUCAUCUUAGUGCUCAAUAUCUAUUAUCAGAUAAAAGAUCAACAUUUUUGAACCCAUGUGGUACUGGCUUUUGGGGUCCAAAUGCCGAAGAAUUUGAACGUAAGUUUGGUCCAAAAUACACUAAAGGCGAGGGUACACAAUGGCUAAGAAAUUUAUAUUUCUUGUAUCUCCUUGAACUGAGAGCAUUACAAAAAGCUGCACCUUUACUCAAACAAGUAGAGUAUUAUACAGGAAAUGAUAAAGAAGAUGAAACUACUCGACUUGCUGUCCAUAAUUUCUUAGGAAUUAUCAAAAAAUUCCCACAACAAUUUAAUGAGCAUACCAUGUUCUUGGGUGGACAACAGGCACAAAAGUUAAAAGAAGAGUUUCGUCUUCAUUUUCGUAAUGUAUCAACCAUUAUGGAUUGUGUGGGAUGUGAUAAAUGCAGACUUUGGGGAAAGUUGCAAAUACAAGGAUUAGGAACAGCGCUGAAAAUAUUAUUUUCAAACAAAGCACGGACAAAUGGAUAUAAUGAAUUAUCUACUACUGUCAACAAGCACACAUUACAAUUAGAACGUAGUGAAAUAGUUGCUCUCUUUAAUGCGUUUGGAAGGUUAUCUACAAGUAUAUAUGAAAUAGAAAAAUUUCGGAAACUCCUGAGGUAAACAAGUUGAAAUUGUAUAAGAAAAACAUCACAACUCAAUUUGAUUUACUACAGGUGUAUAAUACAUUGUUAUCACUACAUUCCUUCCUCACUUCUCUUUUAUAAAUUUUAAAUUACUAUAAGUAUGUGAUCUGUUAAUAAUUUUAUAUUAAACCAUCAAGUAGAAAAACAUUUAACUGAAUUGAUAGGUCAAAAAACUUGGUGGUAUUUUAAUUAUUUUUAAAUGUUUUUUUUCCUGGUUCACUGAGUUUAAAUACUAUCAGUCGUAAAAAAUCUUUUUUAAAAGCUCUCUAUAUAAGAACGCAUAACAUGUUCUAUUAAUUAAUUAAAGUAAACUAAUGUUAGUUUUACAAAUACUGUUUAGUUAAACUUGUCUAUAGUCUAGUCCUUUUAUAGUAUUUGUUUUUUUUCAAAUGUCUGUUUUUUGUUUUUAUGUCUAAAAUGGUAAUUUUAUGUCUGUAAAAUUAUUGUUAUUUAUAUUUUAUACCAGGUUUUUAUAUUGUCUUAUUUAUUGUAUUUAUUUAAUCUGAGAUUUUAAUUUACUAGUUAAAUGAACUAUAGUACAUUCAAUACUCGUGCACAAAUUAUUUUUAUAUUUAUAUUAAUGGUGCGAGGUCGUGUGUAAUUUUUAACAUAGGAUAUAACAUUAUGUUUGUCACUCUAAAAAUAAUUGUUAAAACUACCAAGAGCUCAAAAUGAGACUUUUACAUAAUUAAUAUAUAUUAUAUUUGACAAAAUAGAAUAUGGUUUAUGUAAAAAUAGUGGUUACUGUGAUAUGGUAUGGAAGGUAUGAACAAAUUAAUCAUAAUAAUGUAGAUUAUGUCUAGAUUUGUGUAAAAUUUGUGUGUUGUUGAUUUAUGUACGUAUGUAUUAUGUAUCUAUGUAUUUAUUUAUUUAUUUAUUUAUUUUAUUUUAUUUUUUGUACAAUUAAGUUGAUAAUUUAUGUGCAAAUAUGUCAGAUGGCUUACUGAUAACUAUUGUUAUAAAUCCUGUUAAUUACUAAAAUAUUACUAUUGUUUUAAUAAAAUAUUCAAGUCUAUAAGAAAGAAAAAACUAUUUUAAAUUUAACAUAGUGUGAAAUUAUCUAUUCUUACAUACCAUUCUUUAAUGUUAAUUAUUGUGUUUGCAUAUAAAUUGCAUUUGUAAUGUUAGGAAAAAUGCAUGCAGAUGAUUGAUGAUCUGUAAUUCAUUAUGCUGCACCAUAAUUUAACCCAAAGUACAAUCAGUAAACAGAA